CGACGAAGGUGGUGCAAAUGACUUAUCUAUCUUGACCUCAUGUUGCUUCGCCAUUGCACGAGAGUUUGAUAUAAAAGUAAUUGUAAGUUUGUAACUUCGAUUUUUUUCGAAUAAGAGUUUUCAUUCUAUACAAUUUUUCUUAGUAGCCGUCACCAAAAACAACUAUAAACUCGAUCAACUCAAGUAUGCUAAAUAUUUAUGUGGCCAAGGUAGAAUGCAUCAAGGUCUUCAUCAAAAGAAGAGUUCGAAGGAGGACAAAUUCUUUGGCAGUUGGAAGAUGGCUAUCGACAAAGACACAUUUGAAUUAGAUGGAAAAGGAACGGUGGGUUAUGGUCACUAUGAAAAUUGAAAGAAAUUGGCAGGGAGUAAGCUUUUUUUUGGGGUGGGAUCAAAUUUGCUAGAUUUUUCUUCCCAAAAAUGUGACCUUUCAAAUUGGACUUGGUUGUGGAUUUUGGGAAUGCCUCCAUUCACCCUUCUUCCUCGUCUUCUUCUCCAGCAGCUACAGAAGAGAAGAGAGAGGAGAUCCGAUUCAGUGGAAGAAAAAAAGAAGUCUUUCCAAUUAGUGGACAAACAAUGAAUGGAUACCCGGAAAACAUAUUUCUGGGGCCAAGUCGGAAAAAGAAAAAUGAUGAUGAUGAUGUUCUUGCGAAAGCGAUUUCAAUUAGGUAGUUAAGGGUACAAUUUUGGGCCCUGUGCCAUGCUUCUACUUCCAGUCUUCCACAAAUUACCCAUCAAUCAACUUUUCUUCUUCUUCUUUUCACCCCCACAAAACUGAAGAGUGAAAUUUAGACGCUCCUCAUAAUUUAACUAGGAGCCAAAGUACAUUAUUAAAGAGUGUGGAUAAGUACUUGGGUGAAAUAUGGGAAGCACUCUUUCAACCAAUUAGGAGAGGGGUUGCAUUCCAAGCAUCGAAAGCAGCAGCCUCGGGGUAUGGGUCGGGUGGUCCGGAUUUAGCCAUUUUAAUCACCCGAUCCAUGCACUACGGUUUGAGAAACAUUAAACCCAAAUCCACCCAAAAAAUUUUAAACCCUACGGUUUGUUUCUAAUUUGGUUGGGUCGGGUUGGCGAUAUUUUUAAGUAAAAACCCAACUCAACACAAAAUAUAUAAUUAUUCUGCACCAUAAAAAUAUUUUAUAACUAAUUAAAAUUUCAAAGGAAUAAGCCGAGGUGAAAAGUAUCUAAAUUCACAAGAAAAAGGGUUAUAUGAAUCAUAGCUAUAUUAAAUUUGUGUCUAAACUUUAAGCCGAAAAAUGCAUUAGAUUAGGAAGACCAUGAGAGAAAAACAUGGCGAAAUAUCUUAAUUUUCUCAUAAGUAUGGCUGUAUACGACAUAAAUCUAUUUUGGAUACGAACUCAUACCAAUUAUUGGAACACGGAUGGGGUUGGGUCGGGUUCCAUGGGUUGGGUUGGGUCGGGUUCUACGGGUUGUGUAAUCCAAAAUCCAAACCCAACCCAAAAGAGGCAGGUUGUACAAAAAAAACCCCUUAUCCAACCCAAAACCUUCGUUUUAGCAAUAAAUACGGGUGGGUUGGAUCGAGUUGGACGGGUGAGUCGAUUUGUGGGUGUAUUUGUUCACCCCUAAGCAGCACAAAUGUGGCUGUUUUCCACUUGUAAAUAGGAAACUUUCAAUCGCUGAAAGGGAGUGAUGACAAUUUAUAUUUUCGACUACAGUCAGUUGAGUCACAUUCGUGUCAUCUCAAAAUUCGUGGACGAACUACUGAGAUUAUGAGUAGAUCCAAUCCAAAAGUGUUGAUGUGUUAACCACCUACACAAAUGCAGGAAAUUGCUGUUGGUUGGGAUAUAUUUAUCAUUCAAACAAAUAUAUAAUAAAAAAAAUUAAGAGGAGGAUGGGAAUUGUGAAAGUCAAUGUAACAGAAAACAAAGGAUAGUAGGUAAAUUUUUGUUCCUGCUGAAUGAGCAAAGAUGCUAUUCUUGUCCAACAACAUUAAUAUGUGUAAUUUGUUCCACCUCAUAAUAAUGUUUUCCUGUCAGCUUUUUGAUUCUUUGUAAUAUUUUUUUAGGGCUUUCUAGCUAACCUUCUUCAUCUUAACUGUGAGUACUGGCUACAGUGGCGCAGUCACAGAGUCAGACCAACCUUACUCUCUCUGUGCGUAAGAGAGAUGGAAAGAGAGAGAGAGCGCAAUGAUUCAGUUUUUUCCCUCAAAUGCGAAUUUUUCAUAGUUUAGUAAGUUCCAUGCCCACCUGCGCUCCUCAUUCAAACCCCUCUUUUCCCCCAUUUUUUAGCUCUAAGAAUGAGAGAGAGGGAGAUAGGGAAAAUAAACAAUUGAGAAUCCAAUUGGGGUUUAAAGUUUUUGUUUUGUUUGGUUGUAAUUAAUUAAGUCGAUAAUCCAUCCUUGUGGGUUUUUGGUGUUGGUGAGCUGUGCCUGUGUGUGUCCACUGCUACAAUUCCCAUGGCUUAACCACUUCCUUCCCCUUUCUCACAUGGCUCCAUAAUAAUCUCACUUCCAUUACCAUCUCUCUCCCCUCCCUUUCCUCUCCGUUUCUCUCUGUCUAGAGAUGUUGGAUCAUCAGCUUGAGAAAUCAUCAUGACCUCCUCCCAACAAACACUUCUUCCCCUUCAAUUCCUUCUACUCCUUUUGGUUCGCUUCUCUUCCGCCAUUAACACCGAUGGAAUCCUUCUGAUGUCCUUCAAGUUCUCGAUCCUCAGCGACCCGCUCAAUGUGCUCCAGGGCUGGAACUACGACGACCCAACUCCCUGCUACUGGAAGGGCGUCCUUUGCUCCUCUCCCGCUGGGAUCGACGGCUCUUUAGCUCGAGUCGUAGCUUUGUCGCUUCCCAACUCGCAGCUCCUCGGCUCCAUCCCUGCCGAUCUCGGCGCCAUUCAGCACCUCCAAAGUCUGGACCUUUCCAACAAUUCGCUUAAUGGGUCGCUCCCGAUCUCCAUUUUCAACGCUACCCAUCUCCGGAUUCUCGAUCUGUCCAACAACUUGCUUGCGGGUCGAAUCCCGGAAAGCGUCGGCCAGUUGCAGAGCCUCGUGAUGCUUAAUUUGUCUGACAAUGCCAUGACAGGGGGUUUGCCGGUCGGUCUUGCUACGCUGCAGAAUCUGACGGAGCUUUCUCUAAGGAACAAUUACUUCUCCGGCGAGCUUCCGGGUGGGUUUAAUCGGGUCGAAGUGUUGGAACUGUCUUCCAAUCUCGUCAAUGGAUCUCUGCCUCCUGAUUUUGGGGGAAACAGCCUCCGUUACUUGAACGUCUCUUACAACCGGCUUUCGGGGAGGAUCCCGGCCGAAUUCGCGGCGAAAAUCCCGGGUAACGCCACCGUCGACCUCUCUUUCAACAAUUUGACCGGAGAGGUGCCGGAUUCAAGUGGGUUUCUCAACCAGAAAUCCGACUUCUUCGCCGGGAACACUGAUCUCUGCGGCGGCCCGACCACGAAGCCCUGCCCCAUUCCUUCUUCUCGUGUCAAUUCAUCUGCCCCGACGACAUCCCCUCCUGCAAUCGCCGUGCUUCCUAGGACAAUCGCCUCCAGCCCCGCCGACUCCGCGCCGGGGAAAGACAAAUCUCGCCGGCAAGAACAGAGCAGUAGGCUAAAAACAGGGACGAUCAUCGGAAUCGUGCUCGGCGACGUCGCCGGGGUCGUGAUUCUGUUCGUGGUGUUCUUUUACGUCUAUUACUUCAUCAAGAGAAGAAAGAAGAAGGAAGCCCUCGGAACUGGUAACCCAAACGACGCCGGAUUCGCCAAGGACGACUCCACCUCGUCGUCUUCCUCUUCCGAAUCCAGAGGAUUCGCCACGUGGUCCUGCCUCCGGAAGAAGAGCGAAAACGACGACGACGACUCCGACACGUCGACAUCCGACAACGACGAGCUCGAAUCCAAAUCCGCCGCGGGCGGCGGCGCUGAGGUCCAUCCCGAUCAGAGCAGCAGCAACAGCAAUGCCGGUAAAGGAGGGACGCUGGUGACCGUCGACGGUGGCGAGAAAGAUCUCGAGCUCGAGACCCUCCUCCGAGCCUCCGCCUACAUCCUCGGCGCCACCGGGUCGAGCAUCGUGUACAAGGCGGUGCUUGAGGACGGAACUUCCCUCGCCGUCCGACGAAUCGGGGAAAGCCAGGUCGACCGGUUUAGGGAUUUCGAGAACCAGGUUCGGGUCAUAUCCAAAUUGAUCCACCCGAACCUGGUCCGGAUCCGCGGGUUCUAUUGGGGUCCCGACGAGAAGCUCAUCAUCUAUGAUUUCGUCCCCAACGGCAGCCUCGCCAACGCCCGUUACCGGAAAGCCGGGGGAUCGUCGCCGUGUCAUUUGCCGUGGGAGGCCCGGCUCAAAAUCGCCCGAGGAGUGGCCCGUGGGCUUACCUUUCUGCACGAGAAGAAACACGUCCACGGAAACUUGAAGCCCAAGAACAUCCUCCUGGGCUCGGACAUGGAGCCCAAAGUUGGAGACUUCGGGCUUGAGAAGCUCAUCAUCGGCGACACAAGCUACAAGGGCAGCGGAUCGGCUCGGAAUUUCGGGAGCAAGAGGUCCACGGCGUCGCGGGAGAGCUUCAUGGACUUCGCGUCGACCGGGCCCAGCCCGAGCCCUAGCCCGAGCUCGAUCGGAGGGCUUUCGCCGUACCAUGCACCCGAAUCGCUUCGAAGCCUGAAGCCCAACCCGAAGUGGGAUGUGUAUGCGUUCGGGGUCAUAUUGCUCGAGCUGUUGACGGGGAAGGUCAUAACGGUGGACGAGACGGGGCAAGGGAGUAAUGGGCUUGCGGUUGAGGACCAGACUAGGGCGUUGCGGAUGGCUGACGUGGCGAUCCGAGCUGACGUGGAGGGAAAAGAAGAGGCCUUGCUGGCAUGCUUCAAGUUAGGUUAUAGUUGUGCAUCUCCACUUCCUCACAAAAGGCCAGCCAUGAAAGAAGCCUUGCAGGUUCUUGAGAAAAUCCCUACACCGCCUUCUGCUUCUUCAAUGUUUCUUUAUGGUCAGUGAUGGAAAAAAAGGAUCAUGAAUUUGAUUUGUAGAGAGUAUGUAUGUUAUGUAGCAAUAUUGACCUGUUUUUGUCGCAGAAAAAGAGUGCACUCUUUUCGUUUUAAUCUUUUUUUCCCUUGUUCUUAUUGCAGAGAGUUGUAAUUGUCUAACAGGGUUGGUAGAUCUUUAAGUUGCACACUAAUCUUAUUAUAGCAUCUUGUUAAUUAUGAUCCCAAUUAUUGGCAUUUCUCAGCUUGGUGCUAAGUUAGAUGAUAGAUAAGUGAAGGGUUUGUCCGCUAGAUAGACAGGAUAUUUGGUGCCAAAUUCAUGAAUCUGAAUGUGGCUGAUUUGAACCGUGAUAAUUGAGAAACAGGCUCAGUUUUUAUGAACUAUUUUAUUUACUAAAUUUGUUACAAAUUU